AUGAAACAACGCUUUAUUCGUCAAUUUAUAAGCAAAAUGUCCACCUCGAGACCGAAAGUUGUCGCAAAUAAGUACUUCACUUCUAACACGGCAAAAGAUGUUUGGUCAUUGACCAAUGAAACCGCUGCACAGGCUGCCAACAGCUCCAAGAAUCAGGGUCGCGAACUAAUAAACUUGGGCCAAGGUUUUUUUUCAUAUUCCCCUCCUCAAUUUGCUAUUAAGGAGGCUCAGAAAGCCUUAGAGAUUCCGUUAGUCAAUCAAUAUUCUCCAACUAGGGGUCGUCCAUCAUUGAUUAAUUCACUGAUUAAAUUGUAUUCGCCCAUAUAUGACACGGAUUUGAGAGCUGAAAAUGUUACCGUCACCACGGGUGCCAAUGAAGGAAUUCUAUCUUGCUUGAUGGGGCUUUUGAAUUCUGGUGACGAAGUUAUUGUCUUCGAACCAUUCUUUGAUCAAUAUAUUCCAAACAUCGAGCUGUGCGGCGGUAAAGUCGUUUAUGUCCCCAUCAAUCCUCCGAAGGAGUUGGACCAAAGAAAUACCAAGGGUGAAGAAUGGACCAUUGAUUUUGAACAAUUCGAAAAUGCGAUUACAUCCAAGACAAAAGCCGUCAUUAUCAAUACUCCCCAUAAUCCAAUUGGUAAGGUCUUCACUCGCGAGGAACUAACUACUUUAGGCAACAUUUGUGUCAAGCACAAUGUUGUCAUCAUUUCUGAUGAAGUGUAUGAACAUCUGUUUUUCACCGAUUCGUUUACAAGAAUUGCCACACUUUCUCCGGAAAUCGGACAGUUAACUUUGACUGUCGGUUCUGCUGGUAAGUCGUUCGCCGCUACGGGUUGGAGAAUUGGUUGGGUUUUAUCCUUGAAUGCAGAAUUGUUAAGCUAUGCGGCUAAGGCGCAUACAAGGAUUUGUUUUGCAUCCCCAUCCCCAUUACAGGAAGCUUGUGCAAACUCUAUCAAUGAUGCCUUGAAAAUUGACUAUUUCGAGAAAAUGAGACAAGAGUAUAUCACCAAAUUCAAAAUUUUUACAUCAAUAUUCGAUAAAUUGGGAUUGCCAUAUACCGCACCUGAAGGGACGUACUUCGUCCUAGUUGAUUUCUCCAAGGUCAAAAUUCCGGAGGACUAUCCAUAUCCAAAGGAAAUCUUGGAUAAGGGAAAAGAUUUCCGUAUUUCACACUGGCUGAUCAAUGAAUUGGGUGUGGUUGCUAUUCCUCCCACUGAAUUUUACAUUAAGGAACAUGAAAAGGCUGCUGAAAACUUGCUAAGGUUUGCAGUUUGUAAAGAUGAUGCUUACCUGGAAAAGGCUGUGGAAAGAUUAGGAUUACUAAAAGACUACUUAUAA